UCAUCAAGGUAUUCAGUGACAUGAAGGUGCACAAGUCCUCAACACCAGAGGAAGUGAAGAAGCGCAAGAAGGCAGUGCUUUUUUGCCUGAGUGAGGACAAGAAGAACAUCAUGCUGGAGGAGGGCAAGGAGAUUCUGGUGGGGGAUGUGGGCCAGACUGUGGGCGACCCCUAUGCCACUUUUGUCAAGAUGCUGCCAGACAAGGACUGUCGCUAUGCCCUCCAUGAUGCAACCUACGACGAGAUCCAGGAGAGCAAGAAGGAGGAUCUGGUGUUUAUCUUUUGGGCCCCGGAGUGUGCACCCCUAAAGAGCAAAAUGAUCUAUGCCAGUUCAAAGGAUAAAGAAAGAAAGAAACUGACAGGGAUCAAGCACGAAUUACAGGCAAAUUGCUACGAGGAGGUCAAGGGCCGCUGCGCACUGGCAGAGAAGCUGGGUGACAGUGCCUUCAUCUUUCUGGAGGGCAAGCCUUUGUGA